GUGUUCAGUAGAGCGAAUGAACGAUUAGAAACUAUUGUCAAGCAGUUCAGAACAUUUUACAUAGUCUGACUCAGCUUAUAAUACUGCAUUGUAUAAAAAGUCGGAGUUUAUUUGACGUUUACUGGGUUAACGUUAUACGGUUAGCUUGUUAGCUAGUCAGUUAACUCAGUCAUAAUGGAUUUUUCGGGCGACUUGACAGCUCGGGUUCUACUGGAACGAAUCCUCGUCACCGAAUCACCCCGAACCCCGGUCACCUGCAGUUCGUCUGAAACACAGAGUACGAGUGCGGUCCGCCGGAGUGACAGACUAAAAAAGAAGGAUGGUGAUAAACCACAGGACAUCCUAAGACGCAGCCUGAAGCGUAAAAUGCAUGAGAGUGUAACCAGGAUAUCACUGCCUCCUCCUAAGAGGAGAACAUCCUCUGUUGGGCUUAGGAAGAUGGUGACACCUGGCCCAACUUCAUUUCUGUGCAAUGACGAUGACACUCCAAGGCACAUACUUGCGAAUAUCCUGCAGACAGAGCCGGUGAAAUCCCCUGUGAUUCAUGAAAAAGCUGUACCAAAGGAGCCACAGCUGCCUUCUGCUCAUUCUAGCAUUAACAGCGGGCAUCCCAGUACUGACUUUUCAGGUUUGGAUUUGACUGAUGUAACGAUUGCUAACUUAGCAUGCAGUGCAAAAGGCCUAAGCAGAAAAAGACCACGUCGCAGCUUAAAUGUCACAGCUUUUGAAAAGCAACUUAAACAUGAAGAUGAUGUCAAGAAGGAUGCUGAUGAGUCAACAGACAGCCAGUUAUCGCUGUGUUCUUUGUCAAAUUCAACUACAUUAAAUCUUAAAACGCCCAUUGUGGAUCUUCGGUUAGAGAAAAGGGGCCUUCAGCGAAAGAUUCCUCAACGCAGAAAAAUCACAGAGGAUGAAUUUGGUGCUGGUGUGCACAGAAGACAGAUGGAAGGGUUGAGCGGCACUCGUCCGGUGGACCAGUCUCUUAGUGAGACAGCUCACAUAGAGGGCUUCUCCCUUGGUUUCCCUGAACCUGAACUCAGCACUGAUAUCUUCAGCUGUAACACAGCCCUCUAUGCACAGUCUGAUGCAAUGACAUCCAACAUUAACCUUCUUGCAACACAAGACAAACCCACAGUGCUGGCAUCUCAGCUUCACGGAGAGAUGGGAGUAGGUGAGCAGAACCAACUGGCUGGAGUCAAAUUAACUUCUGGAUUUACUAUUAAAGAAGUUGCUGCUGUUGCUAACCCUACAGAAGAAUGUUCUUCUGUUAAGUCCCAGUCUGAAGAUGUUGAUUCGUCUGAAUCUCCAAACAAGGAAGAGAAAAGUAAAACUGAUUAUCAACCUGAAGCAACUGCUGCAGCCAUUUCUCAGUCACUGUUUAAGGAAGAUGAUAUUGCAGCAGAAUUUCACACUGAAGAAGAAAGUGUUGCUGAUUCUCAAGGUGUAGAGGAAGCUGGAGCUAAUUCUGAGGGAGGAGAGGAAGUGGCGGCCCAUUCCCAAAGCGGUGCGGACGUGGCAGUGACCCAUUCCCAAGGCGGGGAGGACGAGGAGGCGGCGGACCAUUCCCAAGGCGGGGAGGACGAGGAGGCGGCGGCCCAUUCCCAAGGCGGGGAGGACGAGGAGGCUGCGGCCCAUUCCCAAAGCGGGGAGGACGAGGAGGAGGCGGCGGCCGACUCCCAAGGCGGGGAGGACGAGGAGGAGGCGGCGGCCGACUCCCAAGGCGGGGAGGACGAGGAGGAGGCGGCGGCCGACUCCCAAGGCGGGGAGGAGGAGGAGGAGGAGGCGGCGGCCGACUCCCAAGGCGGGGAGGACGACGAGGAGGAGGAGGCGGCGGCCGACUCCCAAGGCGGGGAGGACGACGAGGAGGAGGAGGAGGCGGCGGCCGACUCCCAAGGCGGGGAGGACGACGAGGAGGAGGAGGAGGCGGCGGCCGACUCCCAAGGCGGGGAGGACGACGAGGAGGAGGCGGCGGCCGACUCCCAAGGCGGGGAGGACGAGGAGGAGGCGGCGGCCGACUCCCAAGGCGGGGAGGACGAGGAGGAGGAGGAGGAGGCGGCGGCCGACUCCCAAGGCGGGGAGGACGAGGAGGAGGAGGAGGAGGCGGCGGCCGACUCCCAAGGCGGGGAGGACGAGGAGGAGGAGGAGGAGGCGGCGGCCGACUCCCAAGGCGGGGAGGACGAGGAGGAGGAGGAGGAGGCGGCGGCCGACUCCCAAGGCGGGGAGGAGGAGGAGGAGGCGGCGGCCGACUCCCAAGGCGGGGAGGAGGAGGAGGCGGCGGCGGCCGACUCCCAAGGCGGGGAGGACGAGGAGGAGGAGGAGGAGGCGGCGGCGGCCGACUCCCAAGGCGGGGAGGACGAGGAGGAGGAGGCGGCGGCGGCCGACUCCCAAGGCGGGGAGGACGAGGAGGAGGAGGCGGCGGCGGCCGACUCCCAAGGCGGGGAGGACGAGGAGGAGGAGGCGGCGGCGGCCGACUCCCAAGGCGGGGAGGACGAGGAGGAGGAGGAGGAGGAGGCGGCGGCCGACUCCCAAGGCGGGGAGGAGGAGGAGGAGGAGGAGGAGGAGGCGGCGGCCGACUCCCAAGGCGGGGAGGAGGAGGCGGCGGCCGACUCCCAAGGUGAAGCUGUUGCUGCAGUCUUUCCAUCUGAGGAGAGAGAUGUAAUUGAUUCUCAGGGUGACGAUGAUGUUGGAAAUAAUAUUGCCACCAUGUCAACUUCUAAGAAAGUUGAAUCAGCAGAGCCUCCAUUUCUAGAUAACAAAGCUGAUUCUUUGUCUGAAGUCGAGAUGCAGUCUGACAGUAAGGAAUCUGGAGGAGAUCAUGAAAGUGGCCCAGAGGAUUUCGCAGCUAAAUCUCAGUUAAAUGAAGGGAAGAAUAUGGCUCAUUCUCACCCUGGAUGCGAGCAUGAUGAGAAGCAGGAAGAUGAAGACGCGGUUGAUCUUGAGGAUGAUGAAGAAAAUGCUCCGCACCACUUGGGGAUGACUUUUGAAAUCGAUAACGGUGAACCUGUCAGUGGCUCUGUGCCCGAUCAGGCUGCUGACCAGGAUGAAGAGUGGGAGGAUGAAGAAGAUAAUGAAAAGAGUGAAGAUUUCCCCAUUAAGACUCCAGCCUUUGUCAGAGAGAGAAGAAUUUUUUUUCACUGUGAUUCUCAGGCUUCCCCAGUUGGUGUUAAAAGCAUUCAGGCCAGGACCAGUGGUACAAGUGGAGGUUUACCUGGAGCUAAACCUAAGCAAGUGAAAGCCAGGAAGCGGAAGUCUAAGGUGCAAGGGUGUCUGCCCAAGAGCUACCUCAUGGGUGUGUUUCGGCACUUUGCCAAGACAAAGGUCUCUGCGGAUGUCUACGCCGUCCUAACAGACGUAAUGGAGAAAUUCUUUCAGCGAAUGGCAGAGGACUUGGAAGCGUAUGCUGCACAUGCAAAGAGAAAAACUAUAGAGGUUGAGGAUGUGGAACUGCUUUUGAAAAGGCAGGGUUAUGUAAACGACAAGGUUCCAGUGGAAGUACUUAUUGAAAAAUAUCUUCGGAUGGAGCAACGCAAACUUCUGAUACCUAUUGCAACAAGUGGAAACAUUGUUGUUCCUAAACAGAGGAGAUGAACUGCAGCCUUUGACGAACUCUGUUAUUGAUUUGGACAUGGGGUGCGGGGUGUCUCCAUUUUCCAUGCUGUGCAAAGUAAAUUGGAAUAUAAUGGCUCUGUAAUGUGUGUGUAAAUAUUUGAUAUGUUGUUUACCACUUAAC